CAAGACGAAUGCAGCCAUAGCCUAUCCUAAGCAAAAUUUGAGGAAUUGGCAGUCUAGGCAUCAUAUAGAAGUCCGUGGAUAAAGAGGAAUCAUUUUAAUAAUAAGAGAGAAACAAUUGAAAAAGGAGAAAAAAAUGGAUAUAGAACGAAAAAAUAACUAUAGUAUGUGUAUGUAAUAGAGUGUGUUCAAAAAAAGACAUAUAUUGAAAAAAAAGACGAAAUGAACCCGAUUGAGCUAUUUUUCUUGUAAUAUACUUUAAUAUGCUCAUGUGUGGUAUAUAUUUCUUCGCAAGCUCUACAUACUAAUAUAUUUAUCAUACGUGGAGAUAUCAUAUGUUAUAUACACACACAUACAUACAUAUAUAUGUAUGAUCAGGGAGUGAUACACACGUCACACGAAUGAAUUGACAAUUUAAUUGAGUUUAAUGAAUCGUGUGCCACACGAUAUAAAACAGUGUUUUGUGCAAAGGUUAGAAAAAUUUAUAAGAAUUUUGUAAAAGAUUAUAUCCUAUGAUGUGUGAUAUAGAAAAGUAAUUUCCAUCUUGAUACAUGUCGAAAUUAAAAUAUAUCUUAUAAGGUUGAAAAGAUUAAUUGUUUAGAAAGUCAUGUUGAGUAAUUCUACUGCCAUUCAACGUUCAAAAAAUCAAGCUCCUACUAAUGGUGCUCAAAAAACUGCUGGGAAAAAAAAAUCCACUCGAAUGGAACACAGUUUGAGCCAUCCACACAAUGUUUCAAUCCAGAAUUUGGAUCCAGAUCAUUUAACGCUUUGGCAACAUCCAAUUACAACAUUACAUUAUUUCUUUAGCGAAGUGUUCAUCAAUAUAUUUAGUUUAGUGAAGAAAACGUGGCUUUACAAACGAACAGUAUGCAUUAUAAUUUCAAUUAUAAUACUAUUUCUUCUAUCAGGCCGAAUAUCUGGUCCACAACAACAGAUUUUUAAGUUGUGGGAAGCUAAGAUUAUAUGGUGGUUAUAUUGGAUAGGACUUGGUGUAUUAUCAAGCGUAGGUCUUGGAACAGGUUUGCAUACCUUUGUGCUAUACUUAGGACCACACAUAGCAGCUGUUACUAUGGCAGCAUACGAAUGUGGUGCUCUAAAUUUCCCUGAACCACCUUAUCCUGACCAAAUAGUAUGCCCAACGAAAAUUGAUCCAAUAUGGGCAGUAGGUAUAUUAAAUAUUAUGAAAAAAGUACAUGUAGAAGCCAUGCUAUGGGGAGCUGGUACUGCACUUGGCGAGUUACCGCCAUAUUUUAUGGCUAGAGCUGCAAGGAUAAGUGGUCAAAACAGCAAAAAUGAUAAUUUUGAUGAAGAUCUAAAAGAAUUAGAAGCCUUAGAAGAGUUAGAAAAUGAGAAAAAUGUAUCGUUUGUGACGCGUAUCAAGUUGUCUAUGAAGCAUUUUGUUGAGAAAGCUGGAUUCUGGGGCAUAUUAGCUUGCGCAUCAAUUCCAAAUCCACUGUUUGACCUGGCUGGUUUGACAUGUGGACAUUAUCUCAUUCCAUUCUGGACAUUCUUCGGUGCGACGUUAAUAGGAAAAGCUGUCAUCAAAAUGCAUAUACAACAAUUAGCAGUAAUCAUAGCCUUCAAUGAAGAACUUUUAGAUAAAUUUAUUAGUUUAUUAGCAGUCAUACCAUUUGUUGGUAGAAAAUUCCAAGAACCAUUAAAGAAAUAUUUUAUUGAACAGAAACAAAAGCUACAUAUUAAGUCAUCAAUGGAUGGAACGACUACAAUAUCAUGGCUAUUUGACAAAUUUGUAACAAUAAUGGUUUGCUAUUUUUUAGUAACAAUUAUUCAUGCAUUAGCGCGAAAUCAUCAUCGUAGACGAACAAAACCGUCUAUUGAUUAAAACUUAAAAGAUAUAGGACAAUUAGAAAUAAAGUUUUAUCACAACAUGUAGAUAAAUAUAAAUUGUUUUUGUGGCAAGAAAAAUAAGGUAUAUAAAAACAUGGGGAAUGUUAUAUUUUUCAUUUCUGCAGUUUCUGUUCACAUUAGAAGCACAUAUUUUACUUGAUAUAUUAAGUAUAUAAUAUAGAAUAUUAAGAAAAUUCUUCUUUUUGAAUAUAUGUUUUAUUUUGUUAUAAUACUUUGUGAUUACUACAAGAUAAUUCUUGCUGUAUGUACAUGUUUGCAUGUAUAUAAAUAUUUUUUUUUUCCUUUAUGAAACAAAUAUUUGAACAAUAUACUAUAACAUUUCUGCAUAAUUGGUUGAGAUUCAAAUUUUUACAUAUUAUAUUAUUAACACGGGGAUUAAAUUUGGACAAUUUUGCAAACAAU